AUGGGCAGCAGCCAGAAACGACCGAACUUUCUUGUCAUUGUGGCUGAUGACAUGGGAUUCUCGGAUGUCGGCUGUUUUGGAGGAGAGAUCAAAACGCCCAACAUUGACAAGCUCGGGCAUGAAGGUGUCCGAUACACCGGGUUUCAUUCGGCUGCAGCAUGCUCACCUACUCGAGCUAUGAUCAUGACGGGUACAGACCACCAUAUCGCAGGCUUGGGAAACCUAAUCGAGUUUACCAACUAUACUGGCUGGUCUCGGUUCGAAGGCGAGCCUGUCACAGAGAAUGGGAACUUUUACGAUGCAAAACCGCAACGAGGCAUUCCUGGCUACGAGGGUUACCUGAAUGAGCGCGUGGUAACAAUUCCCGAAAUUCUCCGCGAUGGAGGCUAUCACACCAUGAUGGCAGGCAAGUGGCAUCUAGGCCUCAAGCAAGAACGUGCACCCCACUCACGAGGAUUCAAUCGUUCCUUUGCGAUGCUUCCUGGAAGCUCCAAUCAUUUUAACUAUAGACCAGAGGGAGAAGUCAAAAAUGGCACUCCUCAGUUUUUGGACACGAGUCUAAUCUGUCUCCACAAUGAAGACGGCAAAUACGUCGACCUUGAUGACCUCCCAAAGGACUUUUACUCUUCCAAUGCUUACGGUGACAAAAUUGUCGAAUACAUGAGUGAAUGGUAUCAGAAAAAGUCGGAAGGAAAGGAUACUUCUGACGAUCCCUUCUUCGCCUAUCUCGCAUUUUCAGCUCCACACUGGCCAUUGCAGGCUCCAAAGGAACACAUCGAAAACUAUCGUGGUGUCUAUAAUAAGGGCCCAGAGGUUCUCAGGCAGAGACGACUGGCCAACCUCAUCAAGCUUGACAUGAUCGACAAGGACACAGAAGCUCACCCUGUGGUUGACGAUCGCGUCGAAGGGUGGGAUGAAUUCACUGAGUACGAGAAAGAGAUGUCUUGUCGGUCGAUGGAGGCCUACGCAGGCAUGGUAGAGUGCAUGGACAAAAACGUGGGCAAGGUUCUCGACUACCUGAAAUCUAUUGAUGAACUGGAUAACACGUUCAUCAUGUUUAUGAGUGACAAUGGUGCAGAGGGCGCUGCCUACGAAGCUUACCCACUUGUCAAAGGCCCUUUACUACAGCACAUUCGAAAGUACUAUGACAACAGCUUCGACAACAUCGGAGCGGCCAACUCCUUUGUAUGGUACGGGCCGCGCUGGGCACAGGCUGCAACCGCGCCUUCUCGCUUAUAUAAACUCUAUACAAGCGAGGGAGGCGUGAGAGUUCCUUGUAUUGCACGAUACCCUGGCUAUACCGCCGCCAUCAAGCACGAUUUUGCCACCGUCAUGGACGUGGGUCCCACGAUCUUAGAAAUGGCUGGUUUGAAACAUCCGGCGCCUACAUACCAGGGACGCGAGGUCGCAGAAAUGAGGGGAAAGACCAUGCACUCCUGGCUAAAGGGGGAAACCGAUUCCGUGCACCCUAAAGACUUCGUCCAGGGAUGGGAGCUGUGCGGGAGGGCUGCUAUUCGCGUUGCAGACUGGAAGGCCCUGUUUAUCCCUGCACCAAAGGGACCACAUCGCUGGCAACUAUACAAUCUGGAGAAGGAUCCGGGUGAAAUCUAUGAUUUGAGCGAUGAGUAUCCACAUAAACUCACGGAGUUGCUAAAGCACUGGGACCAAUACGUGGAAGAAUGCGGCGUUGUACCCCUGCAUCCAGAAUUAGGGGCUUAUCUUGAAGCCACUGAAGAGCAAAUGGAGGAAAACGCUUGGAUCGAGUAUGAAUACUGGAAACCCGGAGGAUUGGUAGAGCGGGAGAAGUUCUUUAGAACGCCCAAGAAGUUUUGUACAAAGUAA